AUGGCUCUCUACUCUCGAUUUGUUGUCUUGUUGUUGUACGGAUGGAGUUAUCUUUGCGUUGGAUACUGCGCGAUGCUGAAAACAGACGGUGUCCUCGAGAGGCGUAGGGUGGAUUUUACGCAUUCAGUGGAUAACAAGCACACGACGGAAGAAGACCAAGACGUGCCUUUACGGGAUACAAUGACGGAGCACAUGCGGAUGCUUUACGCGAAGUACAAUCGUGCUGGAUAUCCGUUCAGGGAUGGCAACACAGUUCGUAGUUUCAAAGCGCACUGGGGAACUAUAAACAAGAAACAGCUCCAGAUUUUCAACCUCACCUCUCUCACCAAGUCAGAGGACAUUCUUUCAGCCACUCUUCAUUAUUACAUUGGAGACCUCCAGAACACCACCCAGGGGUUUUCCAGGUCUAAAAGCUUCUCCCACUAUGGUCCCAGGAGACACAGCAACAUCCACAUGGUCAUCUGGAGUUUCGCCUCUUCAGGCAACAAAACGAGGAGUCUUGGACAUUUUACGCUCAAUGUGUCCACUCUCUACAAAAACUUCAUCUCAGGGCACUGGAAGGACAUAACUCGUGUGGUAAAUCAAGUCAAACACCACGACGAGCUGUUCAUUGGUAUUGAUGUUGCUUCACAGGGGCCUUGGCCAUGGAAGAAACUCCUGUUGGAUCGCUCGCCCUAUAUACUGGUUUAUGCCAACGACUCAGCCAUUUCAGAGCCUGAAAGUGUGGUAGCCACUCUCCAGAGACACCAUUCAGUGGGAGAUGAGGCCUCGGAUUCACACAGCUUCCACAAACUGGCACUGCGAGAGCAAAACAACACCAAGCAAGAACAGCUGCAUCCCAGACACAAGCGCUCAGUGAAUGUUCUUCUCCCUUUGCAAAACAAUGAACUUCCUGGGCCUGAGUAUCCAUAUGAGACAACCGGUUGGGAUGAGACGAGUCCAUAUCAGCCUUUUGAAAACAAGCAGGGUCGGCGGCCACGUAAAAAGACACGCAAGAAUCAGCGACACAAGAUGCCCCUGCUGCAGUUUGACGAGCAGACUAUUAAAAAGGCACGAAAGAAGCAGUGGGACGAGCCCAGGAACUGCGCUCGGAGAUACCUGAAAGUGGACUUCGCUGACAUUGGAUGGAGUGAAUGGAUUAUAUCACCCAAGUCAUUUGACGCUUUCUAUUGCUCAGGGUCCUGUCAGUUUCCCAUGCCAAAGGCCCUGAAGCCCUCUAACCACGCAACCAUCCAGAGUAUUGUACGAGCUGUGGGUGUUGUCCCUGGCAUCCCUGAGCCGUGCUGUGUCCCAGAGAAGAUGUCUUCCCUCAGCAUCCUUUUCUUUGAUGAGGACAAGAACGUGGUGCUGAAAGUCUAUCCCAACAUGGCUGUGGACUCCUGCACCUGUCGAUAG